GUCCACUAUCGUUGGACCUUGAAUGAUUGUUUUACGCCGGGAGGUGUGUGUGUAAGAGAGAGAGAGAGAGAGAGAGAAAAUCAGUUGUGACCGCUCUCACUGAAAAUAACCUCUGAUAAAGUGGAGUUCAAAGUCAGCAGUGUUGCUAGUCAUAUUCUUUCAAUCCCUUGUUGCCUACAGCGCCCCUUUCCUCACCACUGACUGAAUUUGGUUUCAAAGUGAAAACCGUCAAAGAGCAGGACGUGACCAAGCUGCUGUAGCCGCACGCUUUGCCUUUGAUAAGCGAGAAGAUGGUGAACCCGGAGAUUCCUGAUCUUCCCAGAGGCCCUUUGGAUGCGUACAGAAAGAAAGCCUCCUUCGACUGGAAGGAAAUGGCCAUAUUCAUGAGCGGAGAAGAUAUACUGGCGUUCAAGCGGCAUCUCUUCACGGCUCUGGAGAAGGACCCGAUCUUUGCGCGUCAGCCUGGCGAGGACCUGUCUGUAGAGAAAAAACGGGAGCUCACAUUCCGCCGCUGCAAGCAGCUCUUCCGGUAUGACUUCCUGCCCCAGGAGAAGGUUGUGCAGAACCCAUGGAUGCACGCUGUAUUCAACAGCUGCCUGAGCAUGUACGACAGUUCUCUAAUGGCCAAGUACAUGCUCAGCAAAGGGAUGUUCAGCAGCACAGUGACCCGUAUGGGCUCAGAGAGACAUAAGGACUUUGUGCAAGACAUUGCGAACAUGUCGACGUUUGGAUGCUUUGCAUUGACCGAGUUGAGCCAUGGCAGUAACAGCAAGGCCAUUAGGACGACGGCGAAGUAUGACCCUAACACUCAGGAAUUUGUAAUAAACACUCCGAAUAUCGAAGCAGCAAAGUUCUGGAUUGGAAACCUGGGGAAGACAGCCACCCAUGUGCUAGUGUUCGCUCAACUCUUCACACCUGAUGACCACUGCCACGGCCUGCAUUCCUUCAUCGUGCAGGUUAGAGAUCCCAAAACCCUCUUUGCUAUGCCUGGAGUGAUGGUGGGAGAUAUGGGCAAGAAGCUGGGGCAAAAUGGCCUGGACAAUGGCUUUGUGGUUUUUCAUAACGUCCGCAUCCCUCGCGAGAAUCUGCUUAACAGGACCGGGGACGUGACACCAGAAGGCCACUACGUCACCCCGUUCAAGGAUCCCACCAAGCGCUUUGGGGCCUCUCUGGGGGCCCUGUCCACUGGGCGGGUCUCCAUCACCUACACAGCACUAACCAAUCUGAAGUUGGCUAUGACUGUGGCCAUCCGCUUCUCUGCGACAAGAUGCCAGUUCGGCCCCUCGGAUGAUGAAGAAAUCCCUGUGCUGGAGUACCAGCUGCAGCAAUGGCGCCUCAUACCAUACCUGUCUGCCAUCUAUGCGCUCAAGCACUUCUGUAGAUCCUUCUUCAUUAACUUUUUGGAGCUGCAGAUGGGCAUCAUCAUGAAGGACAGCAGCGAGCGCCAGGCAGAGCUUGGCCGAGAGAUCCAUGCCAUCUCCUGCUCCAGCAAGCCUUUGUCCUCCUGGACGGUGCAGAGGGGCAUUCAGGAGUGCCGAGAAGCCUGUGGUGGCCACGGCUACCUCGCCAUGAACCGCCUUGGGGACAUCAGGGAUGACAACGAUCCAAACUGCACUUACGAGGGGGACAACAAUGUCCUUCUGCAGCAGACUAGCAACUACCUGCUCAACUGGGUCCACCUGAAGCACCACGAGGGAAGGAGGAUCGAGUCGCCGCUGCAGUCUGUGAACUUCCUGGAGGACUUCAAUAAAAUCCUGCAGGAAAAGUUUACUGCCACCUCAGUGGACGCCUGCAUGGACUCCUCAGUGCCACUGGCUGCCUACCGCUGGCUUGUCUGCUUCCUGCUGAAGGAGAGCUAUGCCAAACUGACCCAGGAAAGGGCACUGAGAAAAACAGAAUUUGAGGCAAGAAACAACAGCCAGGUGUACUACUGCCACUCGCUGGCCCUGGCCUUUAUUGAACUCACAGUUCUCCAUCGGUUCCACGACUUCACUCAUGAUGAGGACACGCCCCCCAGCCUGAGCCCCGUGCUGCAGAGACUUGCUGCGCUCUACGGCCUCUGGAGCCUCAGCAAACACAUGACCACCUUGUACCAGGGAGGUUAUUUGUGUGGUAAAGAACCUGCUGAGCUGCUCCACAGCGCGAUCCUCACACUCUGCUCUCAGCUGAAGGACGAUGCUGUGGCUCUGGUAGACGUGAUAGCGCCCCCCGACUUCAUCUUGAACUCACCCAUUGGUAGGGCUGACGGAGAGCUCUACAAAAAUCUAUGGUCUACGGUUCUCCAAGGUUGCCAUGUGCUUGAGCGUCCAUCUUGGUGGUCUGAGUUCUGCAACGACAAACCUGUCGUGGGCUCCCUUCAGGCCAAGCUGUAGUCCCACACUGCAGCUUUGUGUCUCCAUUCCGAUUGGUGUGCCACAUGUUCUGAUGAGGGGAAACACCUGGGGAACUGAUGGCUUUUUUUUUUUUUUUGAAAAGUAAUUUUGUUUGCUGGGAAUGUCAUUGCACUAUUAAGUAUAAAUGAAAUCUUAUUAAAGCAGGAAAUAAUUCUUUAAAUUUAUAAACUAUAAUGACACUAUUGAAUACUAUUGAAUGGUGUUAUAUCUUUGUUCAGAUAUGUAGGGCUUAUUAUGAAGGAUGUGAAUGUACUGCAUAUGCCCAUUCACUGGCAGGGAAAGAGGCUGUUGUGCCCUCUCUGUGCUUCUUUUUGUCUUUAAUGGUCCACUGUGUAACAGACUCUUAGAGUGAAAUCAUGGGGACACCUUUACCUGUUCAAGACCUAUGUACAGCUGUAAAGUUAAACAACCACAUAAUACUUUAAAACGCACGCACACACACACAGUCUGAGACCGCGAACCAGAGCCUAUCCAGGCAACAGAGGGCGCA